AUCGAAUUCAACUCAGCUUCUCUCCAUUGAGCACACCAUGUCGGUUCUAAAGCUAGUAACCGACUUCUUCUCGUUAGAGACUUUGGAUGUGCGUCUCUUGCCAACUGCAGAUGCUGCCAGAAGAGAAAAGAUCAUCAAAUCAGCCAAUCCUCGCUCAAGAUGGAAUACUGUCGAAUACAAAUUCUACCUAGGAGUCUUCGCAGUCGUAGUUCCGUUGAUGUUUUACACAGCCCAUACGGCUGCCAGUGAAUCCAAUGAAAACUACCCUCGUUUCGCCCAUUUGCUCAGUAAGGGAUGGAUGUUCGGCAGAAAAGUUGACAAUUCUGAUCAGCAGUAUCGUUUCUUCAGAGACAACUUCCCCAUGUUGUGUGUCUUGAUAAUUGCCCAUUGCGCAUUGAGAAGAAUCAUAACUCCAAUCUUACGGUUGUCCAAAAGAACAUACUUUGAUUUUGGUUUUGGCUUGCUUUUCCUUUUUGGGGCCCACGGGACAAACGUCUUGAGAAUCUUAAUCCACCUUGGAAUCAACUACGCAAUUGGCAGAUUUGUUCCUUCUCCCAAGGCAGCUAUUUGGAUUGUCUGGAUUUACGGAAUUCUGACUUUGUUUAUUAAUGAUAGAUACAGAACUCUACCUUUUGGUGUAGACGCAAUUGACAACAGAUUUAAAGGCAUCAUCGAAAGAUGGGACGUUUUCUUCAACUUCACCUUGUUGAGAAUGCUCUCGUACAACUUGGACUACUUGGAAAAGAAACGCGACAACGCAAAUUCGCCAGAAGACGAUAAAAUAACUUCGAAGUCAUCAACAUUGAAACUUGUAAACUUGGAUAAUAGGGAAAGACUUACAGCUCCGAUCCCUUUGACAGACUACAACAUCAUAAACUAUCUUGCCUAUAUAACGUAUACUCCAUUGUUCAUUGCAGGACCAAUUGUAACCUUCAAUGACUUCAUCUACCAAUCGAACUACCAACAGCUAGCUUCUGUGAAAGACUAUAAGCGUACUUUCAUCUACUUCUUGCGAUUUUGCUUCUGUGUUCUAGUCAUGGAAUUCUUGCUCCAUUUCAUGUAUGUCGUGGCUGUAUCUAAAACGAAAGCCUGGAACGGCGACACCCCUUUCCAGAUCUCAAUGUUGGGCUUAUUCAAUUUGAAUAUAAUCUGGUUGAAGUUGUUAAUUCCCUGGAGAAUGUUCAGAUUGUGGAGUCUCUUAGAUGGCAUUGAUCCGCCAGAAAAUAUGAUCAGAUGCAUGGACAACAACUUUUCAGCGGUAGCUUUCUGGAGGGCCUGGCACAGAUCGUAUAACCAAUGGAUUAUCCGUUAUAUCUAUAUUCCUUUAGGUGGUGGAGGCAGUCACAGAGUGCUCAACUCGUUGUUUGUAUUCUCUUUCGUGGCCAUCUGGCACGACAUCGAGUUGAAAUUGUUGUUAUGGGGCUGGCUUGUAGUGAUAUUCCUUAUUCCCGAGAUCGUAGCUACCACCAUUUUCAAGAAAUUCUCUGAAGCAUGGUGGUACCGUCAUGUGUGUGGCGUAGGUGCUGUAGUGAACAUCUGGAUGAUGAUGAUAGCUAACUUGUUUGGAUUCUGUCUCGGGAAAGAUGGCACGAUCGCUCUUCUCCACGAGAUGUUCAGCACAGUAAGUGGAAUCCAGUUCUUUGUUUUGGCUUCUGGAGCAUUAUUUGUAGGUGCACAGGUGAUGUUUGAGAUCAGAGAAUCUGAAAAGAGAAAGGGGAUAUAUGUCAAGUGCUAGACAACUAGAAUCAAUGUAUGCUAUAUUCAUUUGAUACCAGAGAAAGUUGUAGAUUAAUCAGUAGGAAGAUCAUGCCUAGGAUCCAUAAAAAGAGGAUAUAAAAGAAUGAAUAUAUAAGCACAAUAAUUU